ACCAAAACGACACGUCAUUGUGAGAAAAACGACGUGAUCUAAUCCCCAUUCCCACCAAAUCCCCCGCGCUGACUCUCUUUCAUUUCUCCUCUUCUUCUUCAACCCCUUAAACCUCCAAACAAACCAUUAAUAAAUUUCUACUCAAACAGAAAAAUCAUAAAAUCAGACUAACAAUUAUCUACUCUGAUUGCAUUUUACUCAAAUAAUCUUUAAAAAAUAAUUUCAAAAAAGAAUUGGAAGAAGAUUGAAACGAUGUCGUGGCUGAGGAAUGCCGUGAGCAAAGCGGUGGAGGUCGGGAACAAGAACAACCUGACACGCACCGUAAGGAGCUACGCUGACUCCGUCGUUCAACAGGCCGGCCAAGCCGUCGCUGAAGGAGCCAAAAUCUUGCAAGAUCGAAUUGGAGCACGGAGUUUCAGAAGUGUAAAGCAAACUAUCAGAAGAUUGGAGGAAGCUGCAAUCUCAUGUAGGGGCCCUGAAAGAGUAAUAUUGUUGAGAAGAUGGUUGGUUGUGCUUAAAGAGGUUGAAAAAUCAUCAGGCUCUGUAUCCGAGGAUAAAGAAAAAGUGCAUGAACCUCAUGGAACUGAUCAAGGAAAAGAGAGCCCAAGAAAAUCAGCUAUGCUUCUGUAUUAUGACUCUGAUGUUGGGGGUGAACCUUUGAACUUUCGUGAUGUCUUUCUACACAGUCAGGCUCUGGAGGUCAUAACAUUGUCCAUGAUUCUUGAAGCACCCAGUGAUGAAGAAAUUUCUUUACUGUUGGAGUUGUUUGGGCUCUGCCUUACUGGAGGAAAAGAAGUUCAUAAUGCAAUAACAAGCAGUAUACAGGAUCUAGCUACAGCUCUCUCAAGUUACCAAGAAGAAGUAUUGGUAAAGCGAGAGGAAUUACUUCAGUUUGCACAAGGUGCCAUUUCAGGGUUGAAAAUUAAUGCUGAUAUUAUGAGAAUCGAUGCUGAAGCCUCUGACCUAAAGAAAAAACUUGAUCGAUUGAAUGCUUCACUAAAACCUUCAAAUGAAGCUCUUGAGCAAGCAUCAACUACUAUGACAACAAUAGAGGCUUUGAAAGAAGCACUUGCACAAGUUCGGGCUUGUUCCAGAUUGGAGGGACUUUUACUUCAAAAGAAAAUGUUAAGCAAUGGAGACUCUGCUGAGAUACAUGCUCAAAAGGUUGAGAAGCUGAAGGUGUUGUCUGAAUCUCUAGCUAACUCUAUCGUGAAAGCUGAGAAGCGCAUUUCAGAUCACAGAGUACAAAAAGAGGAAGCACUAAAAGUUCGUGUGGUCAAGGCUAGUGAAGCUAGUGAAAAAGAUAAGGGAUUAGCAGCUGAGAUUGCAGAACUUGAAAAGGAAAGAGAUCAUCUUGAAGCUGAACUAAAAAGGGUUAAUAUUACUUUGGCUGCUGCUCAAGCACGCCUUCGCAUUGCCAAGGAAGAGAGGGAACAAUUUGAUGAAGCUAACAAUCAAAUUGUUGAGCACUUAAGAACAAAGGAAGAUGAGCUUUUGAAAUCCAUUGCUGCAUGUAGGGUAGAAGCAGACGUACUCAAUACAUGGAUUAAUUUUUUGGAAGAUACUUGGGUUCUCCAAUGCUCUUAUGCAGAAAUUAAGGAUAAGCAGGUCAAUGAUGAGUUGGACAAGCAUGAGGACUGUUUUGUGAAGUUGGCCAUUUCCCUACUCUCUGCUUACAAGAAAGAGUUGGGGCCUUCUGUUGUUCGCAUUGGAAAAUUUGUGGAGAACCUAAAAAAUCUGAGACAGGGUACCUCUAGGAAGGAAUCUGGGUCGGAUAUUGAGGAUUCAAAGGAAUUGAACUCUAGGAAAAAUCUUGGGGAAUAUCGAAACUUUGAAGCCAAGGUCAUAACCACCUUCAGUGUGGUAGAUAACAUGAAAGAGCAAUUUUAUGCUCAUCGGGGAACAAAUUCCAGGAAAGAUGAUGCUAGGGUUAGAGAGCUAUUUGAUGAUAUUGAGAAGUUGCGACUGGAAUUUGAAUCUAUUGAGAGACCAAAUUUGGAAUUGGAGUCUCUGAUCCCAGAGGCUGAUGCUCCAUCCAAUGAGACACCACCAGGAAGUCCUUCCAACACCCCUGCACAGGGAACCACCACUGUAAAACCUAAGCUUGAUGAGCAUCCUGAGAAAACUACAAUCAUGGCAGAGCAGGCGCUGGACCCUGAAGCGGAGUUGGCAAAGUUGGAGUCUGAGUUUGGGAAGGUUAGUCAAGACUACCCUGGAGAAGAAAUUGGUGAUUGGGAGUUCGAUGAGCUGGAAAGGGAGUUUAAAUCAGGAGGUUCAGCAGCAAGCAAAUAGCCCAAAUUUGCUCGGUCAAAUUAGUGAUCCUUAAUAUACCAAAGCAUGCAUAAAGAUGCUAUAAAUUUGUAUCUGACCUCUCCAAAAGCUGCAUUUUAGAUUACAGGCUUUUAUUUAACUUCUAUGUAACAGUCGAUGAAAUGUUGAUUUAUUGAUUCUUCUGUAAAUUCUCAAAGUUGAAUGCUGUAAUGUGGAGUUGAUGAAACAAAUGAAUGAAAGUGCUUUACAUGGAUGCA